AUGGCAUCAAACACGACUGUGACUUCUGGAACUGAAGUUAUUAAACUGUUACAAGAAUGGUCAAAAUGUAAUAUACGUCAAGAAACUUUACUAUGGACAAUGGAUGUGAUGGAUCUUUACACAAUGAUACCACAAACAGAAGGUUUUUUGUCAAUUAAAAAAAUGUUAGAUUACUUAAACAUUAAACAAAUUGAUGGUUUAAAAAUGAAAACCAUUAUUCGUCUAUGUAGAUUCGUAAUACAAAAUAAUUACUUCUCUUACAAUGGUAAAUAUUAUCAUCAAGUACGAGAUGGUGCUGUAUGGAUUCACCGUUAA